GACACUGGGGCAAGAAGGACAAUCCUGGGCUUUUAGAUAUGGAUCAACGCCUCUACAGCAGUUGUUGGGGACUCAUUCACAUCAAACAUUUACUUACAUCCCAUCUAGUCUCCUGUGAGGAGUACUUGCAGCAUGUAAACUGUGUGGUGUUUAAGUCUUCCUGUGUUGUCAUUUGACAGGACCCUGAUUUCCAACCUGCUGUGAGAGAUCACCUAAUGAACAGGACCUUCAGCAUCAUCGCUCCCCAUUUCCCCAAGUUCAAGACAGACGACUGGUUCGCUUGGUUCCACGUGAAGCUGGUUACUCUGCUCCCAAGUUUCAGCGCAGUGAUGCUCAAGAAUGCUACCUCAGAUAUAAACUGCACAAACUACCAUGUUGUGUAAGUAACAUUUUACAAACAAGCAGGAUUGCAUCGCACCAAAGUACAAAAUGACUAAUGAGGAACUGCGUACAAAUGUUUUCUCUGGCCCUUUGCAGUGUGAGCGGGAUGGCCAAAGCUUUCCCUUCAAUAUCCUCGCAGGGACAAGAAGAAAUCACAGAUGUAAUGGUGGGCUACCUGAAAAAAUCUGUCAGUGUCAUCAACACGCCAGUUUGCAGGCAGGGAAUUCAGAGUGAUGCCCAGUGGCUUGAGAAAAACUUGGGUCCAUUUUCCACACGUGCUAAAUACUCUGACCUCAAAGUAUUCAACAUCUCUGGGGUGGCAGUUGUGGAAAACCUCUCACCAAAGCAGAAAGCUGAGCUGAUCCUGGAUCCAGACAGUAACGCUUUGGAGAAUGAGACCAUCGUAAGAGAGGUGUUCACAAGCUUGACAGAGUCCCCUGAUACUGAGCAGCUCAGUCAGUUUUUCCAGGCUUACAGUGACAUCAACAAGCAGAGAAACAUCACCAUCGUGGAAAAUCCAGCUGUACGAGACAUCAUCUUGAACCUGACCUUGACAGCCCUUGCUCCUGAAUUUGAAGACUUUGGGCCUGAAGACUAUAAGCUGUGGUUCCAGGUCUAUUUGGUCACUGUGAUGGCCAGCCUCCAUCCUGGCAGCUUGGCGGUGAUCCCCAGUAACAUCAGUUGUGCAUCCUACGCAGCCAUGUACGAAAUCAUAUUUCUCAAGUCCAAAGUCAGACACUUUGGAUUUUGCACGAUGUCAAAGUGUGGCUUCAGACAAGUCACAAAAAUGUGUGUUUUCUUCCCUCAGACUCACUGGCCUCGAGCAAAGUUUGAAAAUCCUGCCACUGCUGCUUUCACGGGGUGUGAGAUCAAGCAGAGAGUCACUCAAGGAGACAUUCGCACAGAUUCCUUCAAGUGCAAGGAGACCCUGGUCGAUGAUCACAACUCCAACAAACUGUGUCUAUGGGCAUUUCCUCUGAAGCCCUGUGCAAUUUUACCAUCACUGCGCACGCCUGUUCCUCGGUAG